AGCAAAGUUUUCGCACGUAUCUUUCAUACAUAGUCUAAAGCGUUAAACAGUACUGAAGUAUCUACCUGUUUUUUCUUGCCUUCUGUAAAACGCUGCUACUUGCCAGGCUUGUCGCCAAGUACGCACAGUAACUUUGUCCUGGGAUUAUCCUAAAGUCAUCUUAGAGGCAGCACGCGUUUUAAUUCGCGGGGUCGGCGGGCAACCGCCUCCAUUGCCCCGCAGCCCCGCAGCCCGGUUGCCAGCCGGUGGGCUGCGGGUCUGAGGCAAGAUGUACGGGGCAGAUGAAGACCAUAUGGAGGUGACUCAGGAGGAGGAGGGCGACGACGAGAUUGUGCAGGAGGACUCGUGGAACGUCAUUACAGCCUUCUUUGACGACAAGGGUCUUGUCCGUCAGCAGCUAGAUUCAUUUAAUGAAUUUGUUAACGUCACAAUCCAAGAGAUCAUCGACGAGACGCCUGAAAUCGUCAUUAAGCCUGAAUCGCAGCACCUGCCAGGCGUAGAAGCAGCCGAGGAGAAGGAGUAUAUAAUCAAGUUUGGACAGGUGUACCUCAGCAGGCCUCAAAUCACUGAGCAGGAUGGCGAAUCGGUGGUCCUCUUCCCCAAGGAGGCACGCCUGCGCAACCUCACCUACUGCGCGCCGCUGUACGUGGACGUCACCAAGACGGAGUACACGCGGCUGGAGGACGACACGGUGGAGGAGAAGCAGGAGACAUUUUCACAUGUGCACCUGGGCAAGGUUCCCAUCAUGCUCAAGUCGGAGCGAUGCAACCUGCACGAGGCGGCCACGGAGCAGGAGGCGACCAACCUGGGGGAGUGCCCGUACGACCAGGGCGGCUACUUCAUCAUCAACGGCAGUGAGAAGGUGCUGAUCGCGCAGGAGCGCAUGGCCAACAACCACGUGUACGUCUUCAAGAAGAGCCAGCCCAGCAAGUACACAUUCUGCGCGGAGAUCAGGUCCGUGGUGGAGGGCUCCACCCGCUCCGCCUCCUCCAUGUCCAUCAUGAUGCUGGCCAAGGGCAAGAAGGCGGGCGCGGCGGGGGUCAUCCGCGCGCAGAUCCCCUACAUUCGGGCGGAAUUCCCCAUCUUUAUCCUGUUCAGGGCGCUGGGGUUUGUGUCCGACCGUGACAUCCUGGAGCACAUCGUGUACGACCUGGACGCCGACCCCGCCAUGCUGGAGGCGCUGCGGGCGAGUGUGGAGGAGGCGCAGGAGGUGCAGACGCAGGAGGAGGCGCUCAACUACCUGGGCAAGCGAGGGACGGUCACGGGAGCGAGCAAGUCCGACCGCAUCCAGUACGCUCGCAACCUGCUGAUCAAGGAGCUGCUGCCGCACCUGGGCACGGAGGAGUUCAUGGAGACACGCAAGGGGUACUUCGUGGGAUACAUGGUGCACAGGCUGAUGCUGGUGGCCCUGUCCCGCCGCCCCGAGGACGACCGCGACCACUACGCCAACAAGCGGCUGGACCUGGGCGGGCCGCUCAUGGCGGGGCUGUUCCGACUGCUAUUCAGGAAGCUGUGCAAGGAGCUGAGGAUGCAGGCGCAGAGGAUGGUUGACGCGGGCAAGGAGAUCAACGUGCUGUCCGCCAUCAAUGAGAAGAUCAUCACCCGCGGCCUCAAGUACUCGCUGGCCACUGGCAACUGGGGCGAGCAGGGCAAGCAGGGAAUCAGAGCAGGUGUGAGCCAGGUGCUAGCCCGCCUCACCUACGCCUCCACGCUGAGUCACCUGCGCCGCGUCAACUCGCCCAUUGGUCGCGAGGGCAAGCUGGCCAAGCCCCGUCAGCUGCACAACAGCCUGUGGGGCAUGUUCUGCCCCGCGGAGACGCCGGAGGGGCAGGCGGUGGGACUGGUGAAGAACAUGGCGCUCAUGUGCUACAUCACGGUGGGCACCCCCUCCCUGCCCGUGGUGGCUCACCUGGAGGAGUUCAACACGGAGGCGCUGGACGAGGUGACACCCGCGGACAUUGCAGCGAGCACAAAGGUGUUCAUCAACGGCGUGUGGCUGGGCAUCCAGCGCGACCCCACCGCCCUCAUCAAGAACCUGCGGGCAAUGCGGCGGCAGGUGGCGUUCAGCACGGAGGUCUCCAUCAUCUACGACGGCCCGCUCAAGGAGCUGCGCAUCUUCACCGACUACGGCCGCACCUCCCGCCCGCUGUACAUCGUGGAGGGCAACCGGCUGCUGGUCACCAAGCAGCACAUCCGCAGGCUGAUUGCGCCGGCGCCGGAGGAGGAGGAGUACGCCUGGCCGCAGCUGGUGCAGGACGGUCUGGUAGAGUACAUUGACGCGGAGGAGGAGGAGACCACCAUGAUUGCGAUGACCAUCGCCGACCUGCGGCACGCACGCGAGGCGGGCGCCUCCACCGGCACCACCUACACGCACUGUGAGAUCCACCCAGCCAUGAUCCUGGGCGUGUGCGCCUCCAUCAUCCCCUUCCCCGACCACAACCAGUCGCCCCGUAACACGUACCAGAGUGCCAUGGGCAAGCAGGCUAUGGGCAUGUACGCAACCAACUACCAGACGCGCAUGGACACGCAGGGUUUCGUGCUGUACUACCCCCAGAAGCCGCUGGUGUGCACCCGGGCCAUGGACUACUUGAAGUUCAGGGAGCUGCCCGCGGGCAUCAACGCCAUCGUGGCCAUCAUGUGCUACAGCGGAUACAACCAGGAGGACUCGCUCAUGCUCAACGGCUCGUCCAUCGACCGCGGCUUCCACCGCUCCAUCUUCUACCGCGCCUACAAGGAGGAGGAGAAGAAGGCGGGCAGCAUGGCGCGAGAGGAGAUCGAGGUGCCGGACCCAGUGGUCACCUCCAAGAUGAAACACGGCACGUACGACAAGCUGGAUGCGGAUGGGCUCUGCCCUCCAGGCACCCGAGUGUCGGGUGAGGACAUCAUCUGCGGCAAAACCGUGACCCUGCCGGAGGACCCCACGGGGGCGGUGCAGCGCUUCACGAAGAAGGAUGCGUCGCUGGCGCUGAGGGGGCACGAGGCGGGCGUGAUCGACCAGGUGAUGCUGACCACCAAUGACGAGGGCCAGAAGUUCGUCAAGAUCCGCGUGAGGACCAUCUGCAUCCCGCAGGUGGGCGACAAGUUCGCUUCGCGUCACGGCCAGAAGGGCACCUGCGGUAUCACCUACACCAUGGAGGACAUGCCCUUCAGCGCGGAGGGAAUCGUGCCGGACAUCAUCGUCAACCCGCACGCCAUUCCCUCUCGCAUGACCAUCGGGCACUUGGUGGAGGCGCUCAUGAGCAAGGUGGCGUCGCUGAUGGGCAGCGAGGGAGACGCAACGCCCUUCACCAAGGUCACGGUGGACAACGUGUCGCAGAUGCUGCACGACCUGGGCUACCAGCGCCGCGGCUGGGAGGUGAUGUACAGCGGUCACACAGGCCGCCAGAUCCGCGCGCAGAUCUUCCUCAACCCCACCUACUACCAGCGCCUGAAGCACAUGGUGGACUUCAAGAUCCACUCGCGCGGGCGGGGGCCGGUGCAGGUGCUGACGAGGCAGCCGGCGGAGGGACGCGCCAGGGACGGAGGCCUUCGGUUUGGCGAGAUGGAGCGCGACUGCAUCAUCAGUCACGGCGCCGCCGCCUUCCUGAAGGAGCGCCUCUUCGACCAGUCGGACGCCUACCGGGUGCACGUGUGCGAGCGGUCGGGGCUGCUAGCGGUGGCAAACCUGAAGAAGCAGCAGUUCACGUCCACCAUCUACAAGGACGGAUCCAACAUCUACCAGGUGUACAUCCCCUACGCCUGCAAGCUGCUGUUCCAGGAGCUCAUGGCCAUGUGCAUCGCGCCGCGCAUGCAGUUCGACCGGGAUGCGCCACCCGCGGUGGGAGGCGGGCGCUGAGGACACGGCGCCCUCAUGCGUUCAUGGUAGACCGCAUGCGGUCAGGGUGGAGGAGCGGGGCGAGGAGUGACGUGGGAUCUCAUCUGGGUCAUGAGGAGUUCUCCCAUCGUGGCGAUGCAUGCAUCAACCGCAUGCGGCCAGGGCGGUUGUGGUGGUGGUGGUGCUGCGGAGGAUGGGCCUGUGCUUGGCUGUUGUGCUGCUAGCGGUGCUGCUGCCGCUUCCCCAUUGCAUGCCGCAGUGCUCGGGAUCGACCUGCCGGUAUGCGCUGUGCAUGUGUGUGCGUGCCUAGGUGUUCUCUUUUUCGUGUGCAGCUGCAUUUGGGGGGAAUUGGGGGUUGCGUCACCGCCACCACACCAGUUUGCAGGGAUUGCGGCGUGAGGAGAAGGACACGCGUGGCGGUGGAAUGUGCGUCGGGUGCGAUGGAGGCGGGUUAGGAAGGGGAUGAGGCGCAUGGACGAAUAAGGUGCAGGAAGGCGAAGGUGGGGAACAAGGUUGAGGCCGUCGGGGGCCCUUUUCCUUGCCGGACCAUGCACCCGUAUUACAGAGGGUGGCAUUGCGGUCCGGUCGGUGAAGCUGGGUUGGUGGGUGUGUCGGAAAUAAGCCCUCACAGUAUUGGUCUGCCGGCAGCCUGCUUCCCCACGCCAGGUUGAUGCUGUCUGGUGCCGUAGCGGAUACCCCCGAUAUUUUGGUUUGAAAGGAGUUGGUUUGAGGGGACGACAACACACCUUGUAUACAUGACCCUUAACCGGACAGCAAGAUGUCGUUUUAGAACAAUCUGGCGGUGUUUGGCUGACCUAGUGGUAUAGCUUGUGUAUCCAGUGUAAGGCGCUGGGACACAAAGGUAGGAGGAAGCGUGUUGAAGGGUACAAACGCAAGGCCUACUACCGACAAACGGGUGCCUCACUGUUGCUGAUUGGACCAGGGCCGCUGUCGAGGUUUUGAUGAACUCCAUGCUGAAUACCGGUAGCAGGCAGAUAGGGUGAACGGCGGACGGUAUUGGGUGUGCGUGGUUGUCAAGGGUUUGACACAAACGGACAGAAGAGUGCAUGAGGACGAAGCGGAGACGUACACCGCCCUUGCGACGAGGCGAGAUUAGUUCACCGGCAACAACCAUGCCACCAAGCCGAGUGAGGGUCUGGUUGUUGGCUAUUUGGGCGGCCGCAGUUGUGCCAAUGCAGGAGGUUUGGAGCGGGGGGCGAUGCAUACCGGU